CGACGCUGUUGAAGGGACGAGCGGAGGAGGAGGAAGGAGGAGCUGGAGAGGGUAAGAUCGUUCCUUCGAAGGAAGAUACAGCAGAGGAUGGAGCUGGAACGAUCCGUUGGGACGAAUCUAGCGGGAUGGACGCGAGGCGUCGAUGAUGGCAUUGAGAAGAGUAACUCGUGUUACGGCGAGGCGGAGGAGCCGGGUUAUCGCACUCGAAAGGCGAGGAGCGAGGCGAGCGUCAUCAGGUUCGAUCCGGAAAUCGUUGAGAAGGAUAGGCGGAAAGGGGGGAGGCAGGUGGAGAGGUGGUCGAGAGGCGACAACGGGUCUCGUUGCAGGCAGGAUUCGUCCGGGCAAAAAGCGUACAGGCGUUCGAGGAGCGAGACGAUCCUCGAGGGAACGACGACGGGUCAGGGGGCCGAGAAACGGAAGCUGUACCGAAAGACGAGGAGCGACGCGUUGGUGGCGGGCCAGAUGGGUGGAGGAGGCGCUAGGAGGAGACAGGACACCGUGGACGAGACCUGGCGCGAGUACAAGGAGAGGAAGAGGCACGAGAGGUCGCAGAGGCGGGACACGGAGGAAGAGGAUUCUGGGCGGAACGACGUUCGAGCCGAUCUGUGCACUUUCGACGAUUGCAAGAUCUGUCAGAGUUUGAAGAAUUGCGCGAGUCCUGCGCGGCAAAUGGAGAAAGAAAUGAGAAAUCGGAGGAGCGUUGGCGAGGACGAGGGAACAAUAGGGGAUCGCGAUGAUUGUUCCGAGGUUGUGAUUUCUCCGAACGAUUCCGCGAACGAGAGGCCGGCGAGCAGCAGUCGUGUUCGGGAGAAGUAUCUGGUCGACAACGAGGUCGAUGCCUCCCCGAAGAAUCACGUACUCGUCAAGGUUCGAGCGAAGAAUCGCGAGGCUGACUCGUCUAACGUGAAUUCGCCUGAUUGCGGUUACAAUACGAUUCCUAAGAAGGCUUUUAACGAUUACAAGGAAUUGUACGCGAGAUCGAACGUGAAGAAGAGCGACACGUUUAAGAUCGUGGAUGGAAGCGAGGGGAUCGAGGAAGGUGUUGAGGAGGAGGAGGAGGAGGAAGGGGAUGGAUCGAUCGAGAGUUUCGAUUAUUCGAACGGCGAGGGUGUGUUGAUGAACAAGUCGAACGAGGAUAUCGCGAGGGAUUACUUUAAAAGGGUGUACGAGUUGUUGAGGAAACGGCAGAGGGAGGCGAGGAGGGUCGCGGAGAAGCAGGAAGUGGCGGGCCGCGAUGAUUCGUCGUCGUCUAAUUACGCGGAGAAGGUGGAAAAGAGGAGACCGCGGCGAAAGAAAAAGGAACGGGGCACGCAAGGCGAAAAAGUCGUAACGAAAGUUUUUGCAAAGGAAAAUGUUGCUUGA